GGCGGGCGCGCGGGCAGGCCGGGCGUCCGCGCAAGCGCGCGCUGCUCGUGCUCCGCUCUGGCGCGGGCGGCUGGUCGUGCUUCGGCUGGCUGGGGCAGGGCUUGCGGCCGCGCGGCGGCGGCGGCAUCGGUACCAUGUUACUUCACUCAGUCAAUCUCUGGAACCUGGGGUUUUAUGCCCUCAUGGUCUUCAUGGCGACGCUGGGGCUGUGGGACGUCUUCUUCGGCUUCGAGGAGAAUAAGUGCAGUAUGAGUUAUAUGUUUGAGUACCCGGAGUAUCAGAAAAUAGAACUUCCGAAGAAAUUGGCAAAACGUUAUCCUGCAUAUGAAUUAUAUCUUUAUGGUGAAGGAUCCUAUGCUGAAGAACACAAAAUCCUCCCUUUGACAGGUAUUCCAGUUCUGUUCCUUCCUGGUAAUGCUGGAAGUUAUAAGCAAGUUCGUUCUGUUGGCUCCAUUGCACUUAGAAAAGCAGAAGAUAUUGACUUCAAGUACCACUUUGACUUCUUUAGUGUGAAUUUCAAUGAAGAGCUGGUGGCAUUGUAUGGUGGAAGUCUUAUGAAGCAGACCAAAUUUGUACAUGAAUGUAUCAAAACAAUUCUCAAACUCUAUAAGGGUCAAGAAUUUGCUCCAAAAAGUGUGGCAAUAAUUGGUCAUUCUAUGGGUGGCCUUGUUGCAAGAGCAUUGCUUACACUGAAAAAUUUUAAACAAGAUCUGAUAAAUCUUCUUAUUACACAAGCCACACCUCACGUUGCUCCUGUGAUGCCAUUAGAUCGCUUCAUUACAGAUUUUUAUAUGACUGUAAACAACUAUUGGAUUCUAAAUGCUAGACACAUAAAUUUUACCACACUUUCUGUAGCUGGAGGAUUCCGGGAUUACCAAGUUCGUUCAGGACUGACUUUCCUACCAAAAUUAAGCCAUCAUACCAGUGCCUUAUCUGUUGUGAGUUCAGCAGUGCCUAAGACCUGGGUUUCAACAGAUCACCUCUCCAUUGUAUGGUGUAAACAAUUGCAAUUGACUACGAUUCGAGCAUUCUUUGAUCUUAUUGAUGCUGAUACCAAACAAAUAACUCAAAAUCCCAAGAAGAAAUUGUCUGUUUUGAAUCACCACUUUAUAAGACACCCAGCAAAACACUUUGAGGAAAAUCCAGCAAUAAUUUCUGACUUAACAGGGACAUCUAUGUGGGUUCCAGUAAAAGUGUCCAAAUGGACCUAUGUGGCUUACAAUGAAUCUGAUAAGAUAUAUUUCACAUUUCCUCUUGCAAAUCAUAGAAAAAUCUACACUCAUGUCUAUUGUCAGAGCACUAUGCUGGAUACAAAUAGUUGGAUUUUUGGCUGCAUUAACAGCACUUCUAUGUGCCGACAAGGGGUUGAUUUAUCAUGGAAAGCUGAAUUACUGCCUACAAUUAAGUCUCUGAUGUUAAGACUUCAGGACUAUCCAUCUUUGUCUCAUCUUGUUGUUUAUGUACCAUCUAUUCAUGGAAGUAAGUUUGUUGUAGAUUGUGAAUUCUUUAAAAAAGAGACAAGAUCCAUACAGCUUCCUGUAACUCAUCUUUUUUCCUUUGGAUUGUCUUCAAGGAAAGUGAUAUUAAAUACAAGUGGCCUGUUCUAUAAUAUAGAGCUUCUGAACUUUGGACAGAUAUAUCAAGCUUUUAAAAUCAACGUAGUAAGCAAGUGCUCAGGAGUCAAAGAAGAAAUAACUAGUAUCUAUAAACUUCAUAUUCCUUGGUCUUAUGAAGAUUCACUAACCAUUGCACAGGUUCCAUCUUCCACAGAAAUUUCUCUGAAACUUCAUAUUGCUCAACCAGAAAAUGAUAGCCAUGUAGCAUUAUUAAAAAUGUACACAUCAUCAGACUGUCAGUAUGAGGUGACAGUUAAGACUUCCUUUUCACAAAUACUUGGACAGGUAGUUAGAUUUCAUGGUGGAGCUCUUCCUGCUUAUGUUAUAUCUAGUAUCCUUCUUGCUUAUGGAGGGCAGUUAUACUCCCUUUUCUCAACAGGUCAUUGCUUAGAAUAUGCUGCAAUGUUGGAUAAAGAAGCCAAACCAUACAAAGUUGAUCCUUUUGUAAUUAUGAUUAAGUUUCUGUUGGGGUAUAAAUGGUUUAAAGAAUUAUGGGAUGCAUUGUUGUUACCGGAAUUAGAUGCCAUUGUUUUAACUAGUCAGAGCAUGUGUUUCCCCCUUGUAUCCUUGAUUCUCUUUCUAUUUGGAACAUGUAUUGCCUACUGGGGUGGCCUAUUCUCUUCUACAUCUGUGAGACUCCUUUCUUCACUGUGGCUAGCUUUGAAAAGGCCCUCUGAACUUCCUAAAGAUAUCAAGAUGAUAUCACCAGACUUGCCCUUUUUGACAGCUGUUCUGAUCAUAGUUAGUUGGACAACUUGUGGAGCAUUUGCCAUUCUUCUUACUUAUCUUUACUAUGUCUUUAAGAUUGUUCAUCUCCAAGCCAGCCUAACAACUUUUAAAAAUAGUCAGACUGUGAAUCCUAAACACUCUAGAAGAAGUGAAAAAAAAUCCAAUCACCAUAAAGGCUCUACAGGACACCAUCUUCGUUUAUCUGCCAGUGAUGCUGAAGAUAGUCUUCGCAUGCACAGUACUGUGAUUAACUUACUAACGUGGAUUGUAUUACUCAGCAUGCCAUCUUUAAUUUAUUGGUUAAAGAAUCUUAGGUAUUACUUUAAACUGAAUCCUGAUCCAUGUAAGCCUUUGGCAUUUAUCCUUAUUCCAACUAUGGCAAUUCUUGGAAAUACUUACACUGUUACAAUAAAAUCAAGUAAAUUGCUGAAGACUACUUCACAAUUUCCACUUCCACUGGCUGUUGGUGUGAUCGCUUUUGGUGUUUAGGUUUAUAAGCUUACAUACCAUAGGAAACAAGAUAUCUUGUGAAGUUUUGUGGGGGAAGUCAAUUUGGAGAACAUGGCACACUCCUCAGGGAGCAAUAAAAGUAUCUUUGUAUUGUGAAAUUAUACCUAGACAGAAAACUUCCUUGCAACACAAGGUAAAUGUAGUUGAUACUUUUACAAAAUAGUGAGAUGAUUGGGAACCGAAAUUUUAUCCUAGUCUUUUUGAACAAAGGAUGCUAUUUCACAUUCUGUAAUAAACUUUUAUUUAUAUAUAUUAUUCAUGCAUUCUUGUACAAUAAGUUUUAACAGACUGAGAAAAUAGGAAGUCUUUGAGGCUACUCCUGUUCUUUACUUUUAGUAAGAUUGGUAAUAAGGAAAGAAAAGAUAGGUCAGUAAUCAGAUCUGAAUAUAUGUACUAUAAAUGCUCAAGAAUUCACCUUUUUGUGAUAUAUUAUGAAUACAGAAGACUGAGUUUUAUAUUAUUAAUUACAGUUUUAAAAUGGAAUAAAGUUUUGAAAAUAGACUGUUAUUUCAUUAAUAGUAUAAAUGUAACAGUAAACUUGAAUUGAUAACAUUUCUUUCAAAAGUUAGGUAGUAGUCUAAGCUAUAUCUUGAUUACGUUGUCUACAGUUGAAAAUUUUUAAAUCAAGUACUUUCUAAAAGUUCUUGGCAUGUUAUGCUCACAAAAAUGACUUAUGUUUUGAAGUACCAAGUAACCAGUUAAUUUUUGAUGACUUUGUAUAGGACUUGAUAUAUAUGAAUCAUAAGUAUUCUGUACUGAUUCUGUAUUUGAACACUUAUGAAAAAAUAUCUGUUGAUGUUUUUUGAUUAGUGUAAAUUUGUUUGCAUAUUUGAAUCCUAAUCUUAGUUUAGGAAGUCAAAUAGUAGCCAUUUUUGUAAAGUUCAUAUGCUAUUUUUUUUUAAUUUUGGUUUUUGUAUUUAUAUAAUAGUAAUGUUGUAGUAAAGGAUUUAUAGACAAAGCAUUAGAAGUAUUAACUUUUCCAAAGCCUAAAUGAUAGGCGUAUUUUGUAAUUCAUGUUGCACUUGUUUUGUUUCAUAUUGAACUUUUUACAUCCCUUUUUUAGGAAGAAAAGACACAUUUGAAUUGUUUUUAGCAUAAAACUCUACAUUGGAAAAAUAUAACUCUUCAUAUGGUUAGCAAAACAUACUUUGCCACCAAAGCUAAAUGAAACUAAAAUACCUCCAGAUAUUUGUGCCAAUGAACAUUUCUUAGCAUAUUGGAAUUAAAAUAAAAAUAAUCUUUUCAGUAUUUUUCAUCUAGGAAAUUAAAUGUGUAAUUCAUCAAAAUUUAUAUUCCACACCCAAAUUUUUCUUUAAAAAUAUGUAUAGUUUCUACCAUAGUAUAUCUGAUUUCCUGAAUAAUAUUCUCUGAUUUUAUUAUUUAAAAAUUAGUUUAUCUAAUAAUUAUCUUUCAUUAAUUAAAGUAAUCAUUUGAAGUUAUGCUUCAGAUUCUUUCUGAUGUAAAAUUUUAAAUUUGUUGCACAGAACACUUUUAGUAAGGGUGUCUGUCAUUUAUAUAAUGCAUUUAUAUAUACUAAUAAAUUUUAAAUUUUCUAUAUAUUUCCUUUCAGUCCCUUUAUACAUCAGGUAUUUCAAGGGAAAAUUAUCCACGAGAACCUAACAUAUAGUAUAACAAACUAAACAUUUUUAAAUGCAUAUCUUAAAGGAAAAUAUAAAGCAAUCAAGAUGUUAAUGCUAAUGUGUUAGCAUUGAUAUUGUGGUAUACUCAUUAGAGAAAAGUAAAAUUAUGAUAGACCCAGAAACUGUUAAUCUGGUAGACAUUCUUUAAUUUCUCUCUGUAGAAAUUCUCAAAGGGAAUUUCAGUCCUCAUAUUGUAGUUUUUCCCACCACUUAAUGUCACUUAACUGCUUCUAUGACCAGCACUGCUAACGCAGUUUACAUAAGUAAGCUUGGAAGUAAAGAGGCAGCAGAGAAAGCCAAAUAUUAAAAUGUUUGGCCUUGAAUUAAAGACAGUUUAUCUAUUUUCAGGUGAGGACUGCGUAAUAUUAGUAGAAAUGAUAUACAGACUUAAAAAUUCAGUGAACAUUAUUUCCUGAGCUGAGUUUGUCCUUUGUGCUGAAUAAUUUUAUCCCAAGUAGGAGAUGCUGUAUUUAACAUAACCAUACUUUCUAAACAUAGUCAAAUAUAUAUUUGUUGGAAUAUUGGUAGAAAUAACCAUCUUUUCCUCCACUGUGGAGGGGAAGGAAUCUCCAGUGUUUAGUGUAUAUAAAUUAGGAAAUUGUAUGGCUUAUUUAUUUACUUUUAAAAAAAUAUAAGUGACUUAAACAUGUUACUUUGAAGUGAUCGUAUUACAGUUUCUUAAACUUAUGACUAAGUAUAUAAAUGUAGCAGUGUACCCAUGAGAAACCAGACCAAAAUUGAAUGCAUAUUAUCACUGUGACCUUGAACUUAUAGUUGUUUGGUAUAAAACAGACUGUGCCUUAAAAUGAAGGAAUGCCCUACAAUUUUAUAACUGUAUGUUUUAUUAUGGAUGGUCUUCUCAAAUUGGCCCCAAAUCCUUUUCUCUGAAGUUGGUGUAGUAAAACUUUAAAAUAAUUCUCUUAGUAUUUAUAUGUAUAUACUCUGUAUAUGCUCUGAAGGCCUCCCUUAAUUGUAGAGUUCUCAUUUUGAAUUAAAAUUGAAUUAUAUUUCAUGGAUGUAGAAAAUUAAGUUUGGCUAAAAUUUCUGAAAACAGUUAAUUUUAGGAGAAGGUGGUGGCACUUCUGCUCUGAAAUUAUUAUACAUGGAAAAAUUAAUCUUCAAAUGUAAUUUUGUUUUCUUUCUAAGGAAUAAUCAAAGACAUGAAUUUAUUUCUGUCUGUAAGUACUGAGACCUGUACUUAUUUUUCCUCAGAUCACUGAAGCUUGUAUUACAUAUCAAAUAAAGUUACUUACCCGAUAUGAUUUUUCAGUAAUAAACUGAUUCAUGUAGUAUAUUUUUAAUGUUCAGCUUUUCUCUCUCUUUUUUUUUUUCUUUCUAAUUAUUUUUAAGAUCAAAAGAACUGACUCUAGGUAUUUUUUAAUGUAAAGACUUGUAUUUCUAUUGUGCUUAUUUAAAAUAAUGGAUAUAAUAGCCAUUAAAACAAAUUAUUCCAUUCACAUGACAUUCAUGGUCUGUGCUAAAAAGUACCCAUGUUUCUGUAUACUUAGAAUUUCUUGAAUAUUUUUCAAUUUCAAUUUUGAGCAUAAAAGCAACACAUUUCUUAUUUUUCAUUUCACCUCCACUACCUCACCCAAAGACAAAAAUAAAGGUUUCUCUAAAAAUGUGUAGAAGGAAAACAUGUGUUUCUUUAAAGCACGGUCAAACUGAGAUAGAAAUAAUUUGAGCAAAGGUAUGUAAUAAUAUGAAAUACAUGGCUGUCAACCUGUAUCAUCUUUUAUAUUAUAGUUAAAAGUUUAUUGAGGGCAAACUAUGUGUUAUGCUGAGAUAGACACAGUAAUCAUUUAUUUGCAAAUUGACUGUUUUGUUCUCAUCUAGAAAAUGCAGUGCAUAGUAACAAUACUUAACAGCGAAGAGGAACUUGUCCUAUAGCACAUACUGAAAAAUGAUUGUCACCUUGCAGAUUUUUCCAUUUAAACAUGCAUGAUCUUCUCCAGUACUUUGUAUAAAGUACAGUGUACUAAAUACACAUUAUGUGUGACUUUGUGUGUAUUUUUUGUAUGAUAUAGUUAACAUUACAUUUAACUGGUUGUAAUUCACAGAAAGUGCUGUUUUAUUCUGUAGAGUGUUGUGAAUGUUUUAAUCUGUGUUUCAGCAUUAUGGGUGUAAGGUUUAAUAGGUGAAUAUUUGCCUUCAGUCUCUGCUCAGGUAUUAAUGUGUAGCAAUUUUUGGUGCUUUCUUUUUAAUUGUCAUAAUCUGAUGUUCUCAAUGUUUAACAAUAAAUUUGGUGAACAAGGACAUGUUCAGAGAUUGCUUUCCAGUCACAUACUCACCACAAUACCAU